AGAAGGAGAGAGCGGGGGCGAAACGGUUGAGGGUGAAACACAGUGAGGAAGAUGGCCAUGCCAUCAGAAGAGAUAAGGGGGAGAGCGUGGAUGGGUGUGUAUCCGGUGUUAAGGAGGGUUCUUCUCGAGAGGGGUUAGAAAAGCCAUCCAAGGUCUCUUUUAGAGAUAAAGUCAUUGAUGCAGAAAAGUCUAAGGCCUUUGCAUUAGUAGAGUCUUUAUCUGGGGAUGGUAUCGCGACGGUGACAGGUAAGCAGGGUGAUUCUCGUCCACCAAGUGUCAAUUUUACCAAGGAGGCAAAGAGUUGUCUAGCUGAACCUUAUAAGGAAGCCAUCGUGAUCAAGGUGCUGAAUAAGCAUUAUGGCUACACGGCUCUCAUGCAUAAGCUUCGGAUAGUAUGGCGCAUCAAAGGAGGGUUUGAUUUGUUGGAUGUGGGGUUUGGAUAUUUUUUGGUUAAAUUUGAUAUUGCUGCGGAUCGUGAGAAAGUCAUUCUUGGUGGCCCGUGGUUGAUAGACGGUCACUAUGUUGCAGUAAAGCCAUGGGAUGUGGAUUUUAGGCCAUGCGAAAAAUCCUUUGGAUCAACGCUGGUAUGGAUUCGAGUCUCGGGACUUCCAAUUUGGUGCUACCAGGAACAAGCAAUGCUGCGAAUUGCUUCUGCAAUAGGGAUUCCGGUGAAAGUAGAUUUGGCUACUAAGCUUGCAGAAAGAGAAAAAUAUGCCCGAGCUUGUGUUCAAAUUAAUCUUGAGUUGCCUGUAAUCAAACAUAUUAUAGUGGAGGGUGUGACUUAUGAAGUGGAGUAUGAGAGUUUACCGUUGAUUUGUGCUACUUGUGCACGAUAUGGGCAUGAUAAAUCGUUGUGCAUGGAGAAGGAGUCCUUGGAAGGAAACGGGAAUUCCUUUGGUGAUGAAAAAAAUAAUGAAGCCUAA